CCAUUCAACAUUACUUGACCCCCUUAAACAAAACAAAAUAAAAUAAAAGUUGGGGGUUGAAUUUAAUAAAUCCCAAAUUUCAAAUCAACCCCCAAAAGAAAAAAGAAAAAAAAAAGGGAAUAGGAUAAGUUGUCUCCCUUCAAUUAUUUUACUAAUACUUAACCCAAGAAAAAAUUUCACCUUUGAGAGAAGUUUGUUGUAAGAAGGAAAAAAAAUGCUGGAAAGUUCCGUUUUGUUGGAGAAUACAGCUACUGCUGCAGGCGCCGGCGGUGAAGAGGCGGAGCUGAAGAAUAACGGUGGCGGUGGUGGUGGUAGUGUCGGUGGAGGUUCAGAAGAAGAAGAUAGGAAUUUUUCAGGUGGGAAUCGUUGGCCACAUGAAGAAACUUUGGCUUUGCUCAAAAUAAGGUCUGAAAUGGACCUUGCAUUUCGUGAUUCCAAUCUCAAAAGCCCUCUUUGGGAUGAAAUUUCUAGGAAAAUGGGUGAGCUUGGGUAUAAUCGAAAUGCGAAGAAAUGCAGGGAGAAGUUUGAGAACAUUUAUAAGUAUCACAAGAGAACAAAAGAUGGUAGAUCUGGUAGACAAAACGGGAAAAACUAUAGAUUUUUCGAGCAAUUAGAGCUUUUGGAUAGCCAAUCUUUGUUUACAUCUCCUCCGUCAAAUCAUAACCAAAUCAAUAGGAUGGAAACAAUAACAUCGAUAGCAAUGCCAGUGCCAAUGCCUAUGCCUAUGACAAUGAUAAAACCUGCUGCUAGUGGAUGUCAAGAUUACAGAAUUGAUGUUCAUCGAACCACCCGAGGUUUUAAUCCAGAGUUCAUGUCCACAUCCACAUCCACAACCUCCUCCUCAGGUAAAGAAUCUGAUGGUAGUGUGAAGAAGAAAAGGAAAUUGGCUAGUUAUUUCGAGAGGUUGAUGAAGGAAGUGUUGGACAAGCAAGAGAACUUGCAAAACAAGUUUCUAGAAGCAAUGGAAAAAUGUGAGAAGGAUCGGAUAGCGAGGGAUGAGGCAUGGAAAAUGCAGGAAAUCGCGAGAUUAAAGAAAGAACAAGAAGAACUAGCUCAUGAAAGAGCGAUUUCUGCUGCGAAAGAUGCAGCAGUGAUUGCUUUCUUGCAAAAAAUUUCAGAGCAAACCGUUCAACUACAGUUGCCAAUGGACUUACCCCAAGUAUCUCAGAGACAUACCGAGGAACGGGAGAGUGAAUCAAUGAAAACUAUAGGAAAUAUUCAAGAAAAUGUUAUUCAACAAGACAAUGAUAAGGAGAACAUUGACAGUGCUGGUGAGAAUUCGAAUUCGUUUCAAACGAAUUCUUCUUCUCGAUGGCCUAAAGCAGAAGUGGAAGCAUUAAUCAAGCUAAGAACGAACGUUGAUUUGCAAUAUCAAGACAAUGGAUCAUCAAAAGGGCCUCUAUGGGAAGACAUCUCAUGUUGUAUGAAGAAGCUUGGAUAUGAUAGAAAUGCCAAGAGAUGUAAAGAGAAAUGGGAAAACAUAAACAAGUAUUAUAGAAGAGUUAAAGAAAGCCAAAAGAAAAGGCCAGAAGAUUCAAAAACAUGUCCCUAUUUUCAUCAAUUGGAUUCUAUUUAUCAAAACAAGUCCAAGAAACAAUUGCCCAUUUCAGAAAAUCCAGGUUCCAAUAUGAAGGCUGGAGAGAUACUAAUGCAAAUAAUAAACCAACAACAUCAACAGCAGCAGCAACAACAACAUGAGCAGCAACAGUCAGAAACAGAAUAAUGGAGAUUGUUACCAACAAACAACCCUUCUUUAGUAACAAUAUAAUAAUUGUGUACCAUUUUUGAGAAGUGGGGCAAAAUCAUUGGAGUUAAUGUGCCUUGGAAAAUGUGAGUCAAAAUUCCAUUAAGUGUGAGGGGAGGACCUUUUCAUUAGCAAAGUUAUUUUUUACUAAAAAUGCACACACAAAGAAAGUGGCAUAUUUUCUUUCUAGUAAUGUAUAUUUAAUCAUUUGUUGUUAGUAAUUUAAAUAGUGUCAGAGGGAAUAGUUUUAGCUUUGGUGUGAUUUUUGAGUUUUUAGACUAUAUAGUAUACAGUUUCUUCUCCUUUUGAGGUUUUGCUUUCCCAACCAUCCUCCCAUCUUUGUAAUAAUUCAAAAUAGUUGAUUGUGUUUGUAUGAAUUGAGAAAUAUACUUUUACAAGUUUGUCAUACAA